AUGAGUAAAAAGGCAGCGAGGGGAACGAGCAAGAGAACUCAAGAGAGCCCAAAAGAGCAGAGUGAUGAAUUGGGAGGAUCUCUCAGGAGAUCGGCGAGGCUGCAACUGCAACCCACUUCAAGUCCUGGCUCUCCUCAACUGCGCUCUAACCCUGCUUCCUUUACGAAGAAACCCAAAAUUCAGGGUCACGCUAAGAGCCCUUGGGGUUUUCCAGAGCUAUUUCCCAGAUCCUCAACAAAGCCCGUGCUCACUCCUUGCACCCUGGGUUUGCAUUCUUCUAAAAUGUUGGAGAAACCUAGCAUAGUUACACACCAAGAUGCUGCUGCUAGUGAACCAGCUGAUGAAGAAGGCUCCAGCUCCAGCAAUUUGUCUCCUGGUAAAAGGAAUCAGGCUAUAAUCGAUGACAUUAUUGCAUCGGUAAUGAACGAAUCCUGA